AUGCUAGAAGCGACCGCUGAAACUGUCGAUCUGGGCCCUGUUCACCCUCCCAAGGAGGACUCCAUUACAGCCUUUGAACAGAUCCUCCCUGAGCUCAAGAAGACUCUUGUUCAUCUCCGUCACGACUACAAUAAGCACGAACCAGAGUACUUUGCAGCAGCUGAACACCUCUCGGACCAAGACCUUGUCGGUUUCAGCGCUGACGACUUCGAAGCUGUUCGUGUCGCUACAUCAGCCUACGGUAUUCAUUUGUUCGGCAAGCUUCGCAUUCCCGCUUUGCCUGACCCUUCAGGCCCAUCUUAUAUUCACUUCCGUGUCUUCAUUGGCGGUGGUGGUGAGCCUCCCAAGCUCCAUAGCAUUCACACCGAGGAGCGCGAGGAUUCAAGUGGCGGAAAGACCUACAGAGCAAUUUUCACCAAGAAUGACGAGCUUGAGUGGUUUGAUACCUGA